CAGAGCCCGGCGGAGACGAGUCGGGGAGGGACGCCGCGCACCAGCUCUCCGCCGACUCCCGGCCCCCGCCCUGCCCAUGGCCGCGCCGGGACCCCGCGCCUUACGGGUCGCGCUCUGUGGCGGCUGCUGCUGCCUCCUCCUGUGCGCCCAGCUCGUUGCGGCUGGUAACGCGGACCAGGGCAAAGGAGCUCGAGGCUUUGGGCGGGGAGCCCUGCUCCGCAUGAACAUCUGGCCAGCUGUUCGAGGGGCCUGCAAACAGUUCAAGCUCUGUGAGCACUGUGUGGAGGGACACAAAGCACACAACCUCUCUGGCUGCGUGUGGGAGCAGUGCCGGCCAGAGGAGCCAGGACACUGUGUGGCCCAAGCUGAGGUGGUCAAGGAAGGUUGCUCCAUCUAUAACCGCUCAGAGUUGUGUCCAGCUGCCCACCACCACCCCACCUAUGAACCAAAGACAGUCACAACAGGGAGCCCCCUAGUUCCUGAGCCCCACAGCUCUGGCUUUGAUGGAGCCAGCUUCAUUGGGGGUGUCGUGCUGGUGCUGAGCCUGCAGGCAGCGGCCUUCUUCAUCUUACGCUUCCUCAAGGCCAAGGACAGCACCUACCAGACACUAAUCUGACCCCCUUCAGGCCUGGAUUCCACAGGGGAAGGAGGACGAAGAGGCCCCUCUUGGCCCCCUUGUAGGCACUGGGGGUGGGAAAAACUUUGGCCACCAAUUUCUGGCCCCUGUGGGCCAUCAAGCAGACUCAGUGCCUGCUAUGUGACAUCCCCUCCUGGCCUGGGCCUGGUACCUGCGGCUGAGAGCAUUCUUCAAUCACCUCCUGUCUUAUCCAUCAUGCCUGUGGGCCCCCUGCCUGACACGAGGUCUGUGCCUGCCUCUUCCCACCCCCCCGGCCUGGCACUGCCCCCAAAUAAAACAACUCUUUCUGGCACUUUGCUUCA